GGAAACGGCAGACAAGACAAGAUCACCAUGAAGUGGCUGAUCCUUGCCCUGGUGUGCCUCCACCUCAGUGAGGGGGCUGUCAUCAAAGUUCCCCUGAAAAGGUUCAAGUCCAUGAGGGAGGUGAUGAAGGAGAAGGGUGUCCUUGAACACUAUGUCAAGCACCACCAUUAUGAUCCAGCAAGCAAAUACUUCAAUCAGUUUGCCACAGCAUAUGAGCCCCUGGCUAAUUAUAUGGACAUGUCCUAUUAUGGACAGAUCAGCAUUGGAACUCCAGCCCAGAACUUUUUGGUUCUCUUUGACACUGGGUCGUCCAACCUCUGGGUGCCAUCUGUCUACUGCCAGAGUGAGGCCUGCACAAACCAUCCAUUAUUCGACCCCAGCCAGUCUUCCACGUAUUCCAGCAAUGGCCAAACCUUCUCUCUGCAAUAUGGAACUGGGAGUCUCACUGGGGUGUUUGGCUAUGAUACUGUUACGAUCCAAGGCAUUUCAAUUUCAAACCAGGAAUUUGGCCUGAGUGAGACUGAGCCCGGCACUAACUUUGUCUAUUCCCAAUUUGAUGGUAUCUUGGGGUUGGCCUAUCCUUCCAUUUCCGCUGGUGGUGCCACCACUGUGAUGCAAGGGCUGCUGCAGGAGAACCUUCUUGAUGCUCCUGUUUUCAGCUUCUACCUGAGUGGGCAAGAGGGCUCCCAGGGUGGUGGUGAGCUUGUCUUGGGAGGUGUUGAUUCCAACCUAUACUCUGGUCAGAUUUUCUGGACUCCAGUCACUCAAGAAGCUUACUGGCAAAUUGGGAUUGAGAGUUUCUACAUUGGCAACGAGAUCACCGACUGGUGCGGUCAAGGAUGCCAGGGGAUUGUGGAUACUGGAACAUCCCUUCUCACUGCUCCAGGGCAGAUCUUUGCAGAGCUGAUGCAAUACAUUGGAGCCCAGGAGGACAGCAAUGGCGAGUAUGUGGUCAGCUGCAGCAACAUCCAGAGCAUGCCCACCAUCACUUUCACCAUCAAUGGAAAUAACUUCCCUCUGAGUCCUUCUGCCUACGUCCUUGAGAACAACGGUGGUUAUUGCAGCAUUGGCAUCAUGCCUACUUACCUGCCAUCCCAGAAUGGGCAGCCUCUGUGGAUCCUUGGUGAUGUUUUCCUCAGGUCUUACUACUCUGUGUAUGAUCUGGGCAACAACCAGAUUGGCUUUGCAGCAGCUGCAUAAACGGUUCCAACAGUUGUGUCAGCUGCUUCAGGCUGAGUCUUGCUUCUUUCCCUCUGAUUCUUCAUGCUACCAUGUUAAGUCCACAGGACUCCCGUUCUACAGAAUUGAAUGCUUUUACACUGUGAAAUAUGGAAUCUCUUCCACAGAAUUCCAUGACACGAGUGGACU